AUGGCUGCUAUCCAGAACUUCAAGAACUUCCUGCGCCACGGCAAGCAGGCCCGCGCCGGCAACGCUCCGCACGGAGAGGCCACUACCAACGUGUCCAACGUCCACGCCCAGCAGCAGCGGUACGACAACCAUGGCCACGCCCAAACGCACUACGCCCACAGCGAUCCCAAUGUCGUAAAUCACAAGCCUUUGCAGGGCAACCCCGCCCAGGGAGACUACUCUGCUGCCGCCCUGGACAACCGGAACGUCGCCGCACGAGCUGGUGAUGCCGCAGCACGAGCCGUUGGCGACCAACAAAAGGCAGCACAGCACAAGAACGCCGGCACCACGGACCGAAAGUCAGAGUAUGAUGCGUCCGUCCUCGAGCGGAUUGUGGCAGAAGAGCGUGAGAGCAAAGGCAAGUUGCCCAAGUAUCCCGGCCUCGAGCGAUGGCAGCUAGUCGAGAAGAUGGGGGAUGGAGCCUUCAGCAACGUCUACCGUGCACGAGAUACGACCGGACAGUACCCCGAAGUCGCCAUCAAAGUUGUGAGGAAGUUUGAAAUGAACUCCAGCCAGGGCGAUAACCAUCUCCAUCCGGAUUUCAAGAAGGCGCCCAAAACUGUGGAGAGAGCCAACAUCCUCAAAGAGGUCCAGAUCAUGCGCCAGCUCGACCAUCCAAACAUCGUGAAGCUUAUUGACUUCUCCGAAUCUCGCCAAUACUAUUACAUCGUCCUCGAGCUGUGCCCUGGAGGCGAGCUUUUCCACCAGAUUGUUCGUUUGACCUACUUCAGCGAAAACCUAUCUCGACACGUUAUCUACCAGGUAGCAAAGGCAUUAGAGUACUUGCAUGAAGAGGCCGGCGUUGUACAUCGUGACAUUAAACCGGAGAAUUUGUUGUUUUACCCAACGCCAUUCGUCCCAGCGCGGAAUCCGCAACCCAAGGGCCCCGAUGAUGAAGACAAGGCUGACGAGGGUGAAUUCAUCAAAGGAGUAGGUGCUGGCGGUAUCGGAGUCAUCAAGAUUGCCGAUUUUGGUCUGUCAAAGGUGAUAUGGGAUAGCCAGACCAUGACGCCAUGCGGUACGGUCGGUUACACUGCACCUGAGAUUGUCAAGGACGAACGGUACUCCAAGAGCGUGGAUAUGUGGGCAAUGGGAUGUGUGCUCUACACACUCCUAUGUGGCUUCCCACCAUUCUACGACGAGAGCAUCCAGACUCUUACCGAAAAGGUUGCAAGGGGCCAAUACACCUUCCUCUCACCGUGGUGGGAUGAGAUUUCCAAGCCCGCUCAAGAUCUUGUCUCGCAUCUUCUCACUGUCGACCCGGAGAAACGGUACGACAUCAAGCAGUUCCUCAACCACCCCUGGAUCCGGGAGGUCGAGGAACUCACCUACGCGGCUGCCGACGCCCCACCGCUUGCUACCCCUCUAUACACACGCCAAAACCAGUUCGAGAUGGGCCAAGAUAGCAAACCUCUCCAGCCCAACUUUGGCUACCUUGAGUCACCCGGAGCAGGCAAGCGCCAAGACUUCCGUUCUCCCGGCGCUCUCAACCUCCGUGAGGUCUUCGAUGUUGGUUAUGCCGUGCAUCGCCAAGAGGAAGAAGGAAAACGCCGCAAGAACUUCAAGCAGGGCUACCGAGGCGCAAACGCCAUGGGCAACUCGCUCAACGCUCUUGAUGAGCAGGAAGACGACGAGGCUGACGACUAUUCCGAAUCCGCGCCCUACAAUCCCUCAACCCAGAACCCCCCUGCCAAGCUACCAAAGAGCCAGGCUGCAGACGUAUCCGCAGUCGAGCAGAAGAUGCGCAACACGAGUCUCAGUGCCGCAGCACAAGCACGGGCGCCGGCUAAAGCGGCACUGCAGGAGCGAGGAUACGGGCAGCACAGCCCUGCCGUUGCGGCGGCAGCGAAGAGGCAGGUCAGGCAGAAGGGCGCGUUUGAGCUCAGUCUCGACAACGCGACUCUACUUGGCAGGAGGAAGAAGCCAGAGCCAAGUGGGUUGAGGGAAGGUCUGACGAUUGGAGGGACCUGA